AUGCUGGACAUGGGAUUUGAACCUCAGAUCAGACGUAUCGUUGAGCAAGAAGAUAUGCCUUCAUCUCGCGAGGGGCGUCAAAGUAGGCUUCCUCUUCUUCUUCUUCUUCUUUUUGUCGUUGUUGUCGUUGUUGUUGUUGUUGUUGUCGUUGUUGUCGUUGUUGUUGUUGUUGUUGUUGUUGUUGUUGUUGUUGUUGUUCUUCUUCUUCCUGUUCUUCUUCUUCUUCUUGCGCAGCACCCCUUCGACCAGGCGAGCACCAUGUUCUCUGCUACAUUCCCCAAGGAGAUUCAGCAGCUCGCGAGGGACUUCUUACAUGAUUAUAUUUUUCUCACGGUUGGCCGGGUUGGUUCGACGCACAGUUCAAUUCGACAAGUACUGAGAUAUGUGGAAGAUAGCGACAAGUACAGAGACCUACGCCGCUUAUUGGAGGAACAAUCUGAAGAAGGGCUUACUUUGAUAUUCGUCGAAACUAAGAGGCGUGCAGACGAGUUGGAGCAUGUACUGUGCCGCGAUCGAUACCCGGCGACCUCUAUUCAUGGGGAUCGGAGCCAAAUGGAGAGGGAAGAAGCAUUGCGUGAAUUCAAAUCGGGCGUUAGGCCGAUACUAGUAGCAACAGAUGUAGCAGCUCGAGGAUUGGAUAUCAGUCAUGUUAAUCACGUUAUCAACUACGACUUGCCCCAUAACAUCGACGAUUAUGUUCAUCGUAUAGGAAGAACCGGUAGGGUUGGCAACCUUGGUACGGCGACGUCAUUUGUUAACGAAAGUGGACGCGCGAUUUUGCGAGAUCUUUGGGCACUUCUCGAGGAGAAUGAGCAAGAGGUUCCUAGUUGGUUCUUAUCAUUAAUGCGUGAUGUUAACUCUGCUAGAGAAACCAGGUUUGCUUCUGGGAAGGGUCGUUACAAAGGGUCUUCUCGCGGUGCCUCAUUCGGCUCACGUGAUGUCCGCCAGUACUCUAGUGGUGUUGAUUUCCGACGUUUCGAGAUCGAUGAUUUCCGUUCCAGAGGCUUUUCUAGCCCGAGGAAGGGCGGUGGAGAAAGUAGCAAAUUCAUCGACUUUGGGCAGGUCCGGCAACCGUGGAGGAAACGUGGCAAGACGCUUGGUGAUUCCCUCGAGGAGUGGAUGCCUUGUCAACUAGAGGCCCUUGGCACUUGUAAAAACGCCUUGGCGAUAGAGAGAAAGUAG